UGCCUCAUAGAACAGAGUGACCGCAAGGUGCUGAAGAGGACCGACACGGAUCUCCAGAAAGCAUGCCUGGUGGAGGCCCUGUGUAUCCUGGACAGGGUGUGUGUGGAGGAUGCAGGGUUUGUGUAUCGCUCGUUCCCCUGUGUUAAGUCACUGUUCGGCCGUCUGAGCUCUGACCUGUCCUACAGCAGAGUACUCCUGCCCAUCGCUCAGUUCUACCUUAACCACGGGGAGACGGCAGCGGUGGCCAGUGAGUGUGUGUGGAGGUGUGUGUUUGGUGUUCUCCCAGCAGAGUGUUUCAACGACCCCUAUCUGGCCCACGAGACGCUGUCCUUCAUCAGAGCCAAUCAGCUGCAGCUUCACACCUCCGUACCACUGUACACCCACUACUUCCCUAACCUGCUCAAGUUCCUAGCGUGGGACAGUCCUAGCCUGGUAUCUGACUAUGUGGAUGUGCUGCCCUCUCUGGUCACGGCUGGAACUGCGGUUGAGCUGCUGCACUCUCUACUGGACCUGCCCUGUCUCACUGCUGCACUCACCCUACAGAUCAGGUCUGCAUGCUUCCCUGUGUCUGAGCCAGGGGGGCGUGGUCUGUCAUCGCUGGAAGCUUUCCGAAGCCCCGCCCAUAGAGGCCUCUUCCUGUUCCUGUUGAGAGGGGAGGCAGGGUCUGGUGAUACCAUGGACAGACUGAGCGUGCUCCAUGACCUGCUGAUGGAGGCAGCUGAUUGGUCCAGAGUAAUCCAAUCAGCUCAAAGUGUUCCAGUGCUGCUGCAUGUCUACUUCAACACAGUUACCACGGUAUCUGAUGAGAGGUUGCUGGCCCAGCUGGUGUUAGUGCUGCUGGAGAGAAGCAGUCUGCUGCUCAACAUCCCCAGAUACACUGCAGAGAUACACCGAGUUUUUAGCCACCACUUGUUGAAGCUGUGUAAGCUCCACCCCUCUCUGGUUGUGGACCAAUCACGGGAGCUGCUGGAGUUUGCUGGAACCACCACUAACAUCCACAGCAAAGAAGACCUGUACACACAUGUGGUGUGGGUGCUAGGUGAGUACCUGUCGGUGUCAUAUGACUCUCGGUGUUCCGUGGAUCUGGUUACUUCCUGUUUCGAGGCAUUGGAGGCAGUCCUCUUCGAGGUCACUUCCUCUGGAAGCCCCUCCCCCAGGGUGGUUACCUCCCUACUGAGCGCGCUCGCUAAACUGGCUUCCCGCUCCCACGACCUCAUACCCAGGGUCUCUCUGUUCCUCUCCAAGCUGCGUAGCGGAGCAGUCUCCUGGUGUGGCAGUGAGGAGGAUGUUGUCGCCGUAGUGACCAGAGGGGAGGAGUUAUGGUCGCUGCUGAAACUUCCGAGCGUGGCGCUGAGUGUUCUAACCCCGCCUUCCCUCGUCACUGCCCCCCACUGGCACCGAGACACCAACGCAGCGCUACCACCACGACUCAGAACACUCACUGGCCUCACACACACACCUGACACACACACACACACCUGACACACACACACACACCUGACACACACACACACACA